AUGUCCGGGAAGAGCAAUCGAGGACAAGGAAAUGAUACACCAAGAGAAAGUUCUUCUACUGGGUUACCUGAGCUUCGCUUACCUGAUAGGAUUGCACGCCAGAGAGUUAGACAAGCAAGACAAGAUCCGGUCGCAGAGGCCCCUUCCGCUGCUCGGGUUAAAAGCCUCUUACCUGAAAGGACUACACUUGAGAGCAGCAGCGGGCAGGCAAGAGAAGUCGGAAGAAACACCUUUCUACCUCCACCUACUGGGCUUCCACCCGUAGGUGGCGCACCCGAAAGCAGCAGGCAAGCGGGAGGAGCUAGAGAAACCCCCUCUGCGAACCCAGCCAGCGAACACUUAUCUGCCCGGGGCGCAAACGGAAGCACUGGACAACCGCCAGCAGCCCUUGCAGCCAGAGGAGAUGCCGUAUCCGGAGGAAGUGCUCGAUCGAGCGGGACAUGGAUCGACGAGUAUGCUGAGCUCAUUCAUCGAGUGGCCAGUAACAUAGCCACCCCCGCUGACAUGGAUUUGUUCAACCAUAAGCUACUAAGUCGUGAGCUUGAAAUCUACCAAGAGCUUCGGCGGUGGGAAGUGCAAUAUCGUGAAGGAGGCCAAGUCGAAAAGGCUGACCGCCUACGCGGCUUAGUUGCCCGCGUCGUCCUUCAUAGUCGCUCACAACCCUCUGAUUUUCUCCCAAAAGAACGAGGCACGGACUAUCCUAACCAAACACCACAGAAGCCCGAAGCUAGCAAAGACGAGACAGAGGCAGUGGCAUUAGCCCGAGCGAUGGCAGAGACGAUCGAACGAGUCGCUUACGGCACGGCCUCGAAAGCUCAAAAGAGAGCGUUUGUCUACGACCUCCUGAUAAGCGAGGACCUCUUCGAGCGGGUAAGCAGAGUGCAGAACUUGCUUGCACAAGAGGCUACAAAGACCGACCAAGACAAGGCAAAGCGACUGGCGCAGGUACUGCAUAGCUGCAACGAGAGGUUGCUUAAGAUGCACCAGGAUGCUGCUGCUGCCACGGACAUGGCUAGUGGUCCAGGAUUGCUGGGUAGCAGUCUCUCUGGAGGGGGUGCGGCUGGUGCUUCGAGAGGCAGCGCGGAUGCUGAUGGGAGUGAACAAUUCGAGGAAAAUCCGGCAAGAGAAGAAGCCUCAGCCCCAAGACAGACCAGCACACUAAGCAAAAGAGCACAAACAUCAGUACCGCUGCAGCCCGGAGCGGCUUCGCAAAGAUCAGAAGAUGCAUUCGUCCGAGAACUGCGCAGACGGGCUUCUAUCCGCGAAGCAGCAGACGCCCAAAGGCUCCCAGCGGGGCUUGCAGACACACUUGAGCGGACAAGGCUAAAUGACCAACAACAAGGCGCGCGGGAGGGUACGCGGGCCAAGGGCUCGAGAGGACAGCCCAAGGCCUCAUGUUCAACAAAUCCGAAAAAGGCUAAGAAGGGUAGAUGUAAAAAGUAG